AUGGAAGAAGUAUUGGUGGAAAACAAAAAGUUGGUUGAUCGUGAGACGAAAUUGGAAAAGCGUGUUAAGUUUGUGGAAGCUGAAAAUUCUUCAUUGUUAAAGAAAGUUGAAGCUGAUCAGGCAGAGAUUGAUAUUCUUAAAGUGAAAGUUGCUGAGUUAGAGGAAGAGAAAGCACGUAGAGAUGAGCAGAACAAGUACUUUGAGUUAAAGAACAAAGAAUUGGAAGCUGCUAAAGCAAUGAAAGAACACGAGAUAUACAUGAUGAAUAAAGUGUUAGAAAACAUGCUUGGAAAGUCUGUUGAGCAGAGAUUUGAAGAGAUUGCAGUUGAAGAAGUUAGAGCUCGAUGUCAAGCUGAGAUUGAUGCUACGAUGAAAAAUAAAGGAAAGGGUGUUGAAGGUGUUAGUGGGAUUACUGAAAGAUCAAUUUUUCCAUCUUCUUUUUCUGAAUCACCUAUUCAGAGUCCUCGUCCAAUAUAUGUCGAGGAGGAUGAUGAUGAAGAGGAUGAUAAUGAAGACAAGAAAGAUGAUGCAGAUGAUGUAUUCUCUGCUAGUAGCCAUAGUGAUGAUGAUGAUGACGAUGGUCAAGGUGGCACAUGUAUUAAAGUUACAGAAGCGUCAAAUGAAGAGAAUGUCGAAGAUUAUCUUCAUGACGUUGUGAAUGAAGAGCCUAAGGAUGCUACAUGUGAGGGGGAGAACGUUGACGAUCAGAACGUUGAUAAAAGAGAAAAGUUGAUAUUGUGUCUAGAGCCUGAAGUUGAGGAAGGUGAAAUCAGCCAUACUUACACCAUGAAUGAUAUUAUCGAGAUGACGCGUAUUGAUGAUCCUAACUUCAAGUUUGACUUUGAAGAAGAGUUGAAUGCAUUUGAUAUGAAUCAAGAGCCAGAGUAUCAGUACAAGUAUGUUGAGGAAGUUGAUAACUAUGAUCGAGUUGAGGUUGAAGACUGUAGCGAUGAAGAAAACGUGAAUGUAGAUAGCUCCAACUUUCCAACGCUGGUUGAGUUUUUCAGUCAAGAGAACGUACAUGAGUUGAGAAGGAAAGUUGUUGAAUGA